AUGAGUCAGAAUAUUCCAGCAUGGAAGAAAAUUGGAUUAAAAAUUAAGGAAGAUGUACAAGAUGAUCCAAUAGCUUUAACAAGUCAUAUAGAAGAUGUCAACUUGACGAACAAACAAGCCAAAAAACUCAAUAAGCAGAAAAGAAAAUUAGAAGAAUCCAAGAAUGAAGAUAAAAGGGCACCUAAGAGAGUCAAGUUACCUAAAUCUGAAAGAGCCCCUCCUCCAGAAAAGGAUCAAUUGGCAUAUUUGCGUCAAUACGAGAAUGAUAAAUCGAAUUGGAAAUUCAGCAAACAGAAGCAAAAUUGGAUAUUAAAGAACAUUAAGAAUAUACCGAAAGAUUACGAAAGUGCAUUGCAGGCCUACCUUGAGGGUUUACAAGGAGGAUCUCGGAAAAGGGUGGUGGAUGAUUUGAUGGAGGUUAUCAAGAAAUGGAAUAAAGCAGCAGAAGAAGCAGAAGCCAGAGUCGAGAGAGAAAUACAAAGGCAACUUAACGGAGAAGCUGCCAGUGAUGAAGAUGACAAGAACGAAGAGGAAGAAGAUACCGAGGGUAAUAAAAAGGCGAAACGCACAGCAUCGGAGCAAGAAGAGGCGGUUCCAGAUUAUGAUUAUGCGAAGAGAUGUGGUGUACUUGUUAAAAUUCUUAAUGACCAAGAUGUAGAUUUGAAGGGUAUCGAGAUAGCUGAUGCUGAUAUUAGAAUUGGUGAAAAAUAUGAAGAAAACGAACCGUCAGUUGAAGCAGCAGAAGAAAAUACACAACCCGAAGAAGAAGAAAAAAAAGAAAAUGUCGAAGAAGAGAGCCAAGAAGAUGCCAAUACACAAGAUAACCUUAUUAUUGAUGAAGUAGAAGUCGCAGGGUUGUCUAAAAGCGAUAGUCACAUCGACCGUACAAAACUUAACAGUGAAAAAUUCAAUGAUAUCCCAAAAGACGAAAUUUCAUCUGAAGAAUAUAAGUCAGAGCAAGAGUCACAAACAAACCAUGAGACCAAAGAAAAGUCUAAAAAGAAAAAUAAGGAUAAAACCAAGGAUCUGUCUGACGUUAAGGUGAAAAAGAGCAAAAAGGAUAAGAAAGAGAAGAAAAAGGAUAAGAAGAAGAAGAGCAAGGAUUGA